GAAGGAGAAAGUAGCUGAACCCCACCACUCCGGCACUAUCAUCAUCGAUCACUAUAUAAACCAGCAAUCAAUCGACCAGUAGUUAUACGUACUUACUCAUUGGAAUUUCGAUUCAAACUCGCCGGCCGGCCCCUUCACUCGAUCAGAGAGUUUGAAGCGGAGGAGGAAUCUCUAACUGUAUGUCUCAGAACCCGCCGGAACGGAAGGCGAUCGAAUCUUAAUUCUCACUUCUCAGUUGAGUUUAUUGUAGGAGGACCAGGGACAAAAACGAAGAUGACUAUCACACCCAAGAUCUCAAUAACCGAUGGGAGCCUUGUGGUCCAUGGCAAGACCUUGCUUAGGAAUGUACAUGACAACAUUGUGCUGAAGCCAGGAUCCGGUGUGGGACUUGUUGCUGGUGCAUUCAUCGGAGCCUCGGCUUCACAUACCAAAAGCUUGCACGUUUUCCCUGUUGGUGUUCUAGAGGGCCUCCGGUUUCUGUGUUUGUUCCGUUUCAAGCUAUGGUGGAUGACGCAGAGGAUGGGAACAUGUGGAAAUGAUAUUCCUCUCGAGACGCAAUUCAUGCUUGUGGAGAGCAAAGAUGCGAGCGAAGGUGACUGUGAUGAUUCCCCAACUAUCUAUACUGUUUUUCUCCCACUCCUUGAAGGCUCGUUCCGUGCUGUUCUUCAAGGAAAUGAGAAGAAAGAACUUGAGAUCUGCCUUGAGAGUGGGGAUAAAUCUGUAGAAACCGACCAAGGACUUCAUCUUGUCUACAUGCACGCUGGGACUAAUCCAUUUGAAGUUAUAAAUGAAGCCGUUAAAGUUGUUGAGAAGCACAUGCAGACUUUCCAUCACAGAGAGAGGAAAAAGCUGCCAUCUAUCCUCGACUGGUUUGGCUGGUGCACAUGGGAUGCUUUUUACACCGAUGUCACAGCAGAGGGUGUUGAACAAGGUCUCAAAAGCUUGUCCGAGGGAGGCUUCACUCCACGCUUUCUGAUAAUAGACGAUGGCUGGCAACAAAUUGGUAGCGAACACAAAGAUCCUGACUGUGUUGUUCAAGAAGGAGCGCAGUUUGCCAACAGACUAGUUGGGAUAAAAGAGAACACAAAAUUCCAAAAGAAUGAAACAGACGAUGAACAAGAACCAGGGCUUAAGCAAGUUGUGAAGCAAGUAAAGGAAGAGUUUAAAGUGAAAUACGUGUAUGUAUGGCAUGCCAUGGCAGGUUAUUGGGGUGGAGUGCAACCGGCUGGUCCAGGAAUGGAGCACUACGAAACAGCAUUUGCGUACCCUGUUCAGUCUCCUGGUGUACUUGGAAACCAACCCGAUAUCGUGAUGGACAGUCUUGCAGUUCAUGGGUUGGGCCUUGUGCACCCAAACAAGAUCUUCAAUUUCUACAAUGAACUUCACGCUUAUCUGGCCUCAUGUGGGAUUGAUGGAGUCAAAGUUGAUGUGCAAAACAUCAUAGAGACCCUUGGAGCUGGGCAUGGUGGAAGAGUUUCUCUCACACGGAGUUUUCUCCAUGCCCUUGAAACUUCCAUUGCACGCAACUUCCCUGAUAAUGGCUGCAUUGCCUGCAUGUCUCAUAAUACUGAUUCCCUCUACAGCGCCAAGCAGACUGCCAUAGUUAGAGCUUCCGAUGAUUACUAUCCUCAUGACCCGGCUUCUCAUACAAUCCAUAUCUCAUCUGUCGCCUACAACACACUGUUCUUGGGUGAAUUCAUGCAACCUGAUUGGGAUAUGUUCCAUAGCCUACACCCAACUGCUGAGUAUCAUGGUGCAGCUCGAUCUAUUGGAGGAGCUGCUAUUUAUGUCAGUGACAAACCUGGAAACCACAAUUUUGAGCUUUUGAAGAAGCUUGUCCUUCCUGACGGAUCAGUGCUUCGUGCCCAGUUGCCUGGCCGACCGACCAUUGACUGCCUUUUCAAUGAUCCAGCAAGAGACGGGGCCAGCUUGCUUAAAAUCUGGAACCUGAACAAGUGCACUGGCGUGGUUGGUGUGUUCAACUGUCAGGGUGCUGGUUGGUGCCGAGUUGCGAAGAAGACACGUGUCCAUGACACCUCACCUGCCACCCUCUCUACAUUUGUUCGGGCUACGGACAUUAAUUCCAUAAGUCAGAUCGCCAGUCCAGAUUGGAAUGGGGAUACAAUUGUAUACACCUUUAGAUCAGGGGAAAUAAUUCGCUUGCCGAAAGGUGCUUCAUUGCCUGUGACACUCGAGGUUCUCCAGUAUGAGCUCUUCCAUAUCAGUCCCGUGAAGGACAUCACGACAAACAUCUCGUUUGCACCCAUUGGUUUGCUAGAAAUGUUCAACAGUGGUGGUGCCUUGGAGAAGUAUGAAGUCAAUCUCGUCUCUAACAAACCACCAGAUCAGUUCAACCAAGAAGAGGGGCCCCGACCCCCGACAGCAACUGUCUCUCUUACUGUUAGAGGAUGCGGGCGAUUCGGUAUUUACACUUCUCAGUGCCCACUGAAAUGCACAUUGGAUGGUACCAAUAUUGACUUCAACUAUGGCAAUGAGAAUGGAUUGGUGACCAUAACCAUCCCAGUUCCUACCCAGGAAAUGUAUGGAUGGCAUGUUGAAGUCCUAGUCUAGGUGGGGAGUGGCUGUUUCUUAAUAGUUCUAGGAACUAAAGCAAAAGGUAUUAAUUCCCACGAUGAGUAUGAGAAAUAAUGGUAUGUAGUUGUA